CAAAAAUGUAAACAAACAAGAAGACCGUUCGAGAAGGGAGCAUUUGAGAGAAAAAAAAAAAAUCCCCCAGAAUGACGGAAGCAGCCCCGAGCCCAGUCACAGUUACCGUCCGCCUGAUCCGCUCCUUCCAGCACCGCAACAUCCGAAAUCUAGUCAUCCACGACGUCGACCUCACAACCACUGUCUCUGACUUCAUGGAGCUCGCACGGGGCAAGCUGAAGACCGCACCUGCCUUGCCCCCACCCUUCCGCAACUUUGCGUAUGACACCUUUAAGAUCGAAACCCAGGCCUUCGGCUUCAAGACCAAUGACCCUGUUAUCAAUCGGGAGGACGACGAGACCCUCAUCCUCCAGCCAGGGAAAAGCUUAGGGGAAUCUGGGGUAAAGAAUGAGACAGAGAUCAGCUUCUUCAAGCUCGACGAUUACCUGCAGUACAAACAGAACCCGGUCCAUGCUUUAUCAUGACAAUUCUUUCUGUGUGAUAAAAGGAGGGAAGGAUUUUCUUUAGGGGUGCGACUGUCACAAUGCAUGUUUUGAAGCAGGAUCUUUUGGUUGAGAAAGUUUUUGAUCUGUUUAUUUUUCAUUUAAGUAUGUCAUGUUAUGAACAGAGGCUAUUUUUGUGUAUUUCCUUAUUUCUACUAGCAUUGAUAUCAUUUGUAAUUGACAGCCACAAUUGGUUGUAUUGUUGUUAUGGUAUUAAUUUAUUAUUAUCGUCAUUAUUAGUAAAAUAGACUUUAUAAUUACAAUUAUUGAUACCAUUACUUAUUUAUUUAUCUCCUUAUUACUGGUAUUUUGAUAAUUAUCACUGGGAUCACAGCCAUUAUCACCAUAUCAAUGUCACCAAUUUUUCAUCAAGAGCCAAAGUACUAUUAUCAUACAGUUAACAUUUGCUGUCAGAUGCCGAAACAAUCACUUGACGUCAGGAGUAUGGUUGGACCAAAAUGUUUGACUUCUUGUCAAAAGGAUUUUUAAAGUGGAAUAAAGAUUUUCAAUAGAAA